AUGGCAACACCAGAGUCAGGGCAGCUGGUGAAAGGUGAAGUAAGAUUACUUGGCAGGGUCACUGGAGAAGCUGGUGUUAUGACCUGGGAAAGCCCAGAACAGCCCACCUACAUCAAGAUGUUGACAACCCUCCCUGAGAUGCACAUUGCAGUCACUGUAGAUAUAGACCAUACUAUCAAACUGUGGGACUGUCACAACAGGGACGCUCUGGCGACUAACAAGCUGCUCUUUCCCUGUCAAACAGUGAAAGCUGUCUUUACAAAGGAUGGCCCGAUUGUCUUGGCAGGUGAUAUCGCGGGUGACCUCUACAUCUUUAGGAUUCCCAACUUACACCUCAUUUCCAAAGUCCGUGUAUUCCAAUAUGGUAUUAACAAAAUCUACUGCUCUCCUCAGAAGAAAUGGGUCUUUCUGAGUAAGAAAGACCAACAUAUGUUGCCAAAGGUGUAUUUACUGAGCAGCUUACUGAGGACAUCAGAAUUCUCCGCCCCUGUGUCUACCAGUCUCUCCUUCUCAUUAUGCCGAAGAGCCUUCUGGACCACAAGAAGGGAAGACAGGAUAACCCUGAUGUCCAGAUGUGGCCCCAAAAAAGUCACAAAAUUUGCCACAUUUGAUAUGAAGCUGGAAGAGAUGGAUAAUCAAAUAAUUGUUAAAGGACAUUUGGUAGCAAGUUUCGAGUUGCAAGCUUACAGCCCAGAAUGGAUGGGAGUCAGUUAUAAGAACGUGAUUGUCUGUUCAACUGUAUCCUCUCUCUUGCUCUUUAGCAUGGAGGGCUGCCAUCUGCAGAGAUUUCAGUACUAUCCAGAAAAGAUCUUGAGACUAUGGGUGGACCCCGUUUAUGUCAUCGUCACCUUUAUUCACGGAUCUUUGGAGGUGUACACAUGGGAGGAGAGAAGCCUGCUGCUCAGGAGGUGUUAUUGGCUGCCAAACAGGAGAUUACUGCCAACUCAAUGCGCUUAUUACCAAACAUUAUGUGACGAUGUGAGCAUAAUUCGAAUGAUGACAAAUGUUCCCGACCCCAGUUUUCUGAUGGCAUAUACUUUGAGAAUCUGUUCUUGA